GUCGAGCAUCUCGUAAGGGUGCCAAGGACAUUGGUGGCUGCUUGAUGUUGUUACAGAUAUGGUCAUGGGAGCACAUUCAUAUAGGGAGGCCUAUAAUCUGGACGAUUCGACCCGAUGGGCAACAUGAUCAGGAAGAUAACGCGGAUGAUUUUGAACCGGUGUUAAGUUCACAGCAUCGUCGCGGGAUGGAUCCUUUAGCAGUAAGCUGGCUUUGCGUAUAUCUUUCGAGAUUCCACUCCCCACAUACUCUCGUCUACUACAGAGACGCACUUGAUCGACAACGGGACGAGCAGAUAACAUGGCAGCCUUACACAGCGGCUAAGAUGGACGCUCUGCCACACAUAUGUACAUCGGGCCACGAGAUUUUGAGAUCGUGUUUUCCACUUAUUUGCUUUGACAUCAUCGAGCUACAUCUCCCGGAUCGUGUCAUGCGUCAAUUCGGUUUGGAGCAGGUUAUUCUGCAAGCCUGUGAUACCCAACCUCAACUACAUGUGAUCGAUUGGAGGACUGGGGACAAGAACUAUGUUGUACGACAUAGAUUACAUGUAGAUGCGUGGAAUGACCGAGCAUCUACAUUGGUUCGAGGAGAUAACUUCACAGGUCAUAGCUCUGGUAUGUAAAUGAGUUGGUACAGGCGUAUCUCCAUAUUAUGCCUAACAAACACCACAUUUGCGCAGCCAGGAUCACAUUACCAUUCGACAUCUACGUUACUGGCUGAGCGCAUCCGAUCGGUGCUCAUACAAUGCAAUGACAUGAUUCAAGGGGCCGCUACAUCGCCAGUUGAUGUGGGGUAUCGGCUAAGUUCUCAGACCCUAGGCUCCAUUAACGCGUCGUUGACCGAUGCAUUGAGUCAGGCGGGUUAUGAUUACCUCAUACUGAUUCCACCCAUCAUUGGCGAGAUUUAGUGCUUAAGGCAAACCGCCAUCUCAAGUGGCGGUUUUGUCUGAAAAAUUAAAAAAAAAAAAUUUCCA